AUGGAAGAAGAACCAAGAACUGUCAUAACACCAGACCAACCGAUCACGAUGGGGCAAUUGUUGCAACUGAUCAACCAGUUAAACACCAACAAAUUACCCACCGAAAACACCAACACCCUCUCAAUAUCAGAGAAGCUAACAAACCAGAAUUACACAAAAUGGUCAAGGCUGAUGCACUUAGCCAUUAGUGGACGAGGUCGUCUCAAUCACAUCAUCGACGACCCACCAUCCAAAAACGACCCAGCGUACAACCAAUGGACCAGAAGUGACUCGAUGGUUAUCUCAUGGAUUUUGGAGAAUAUUGACUCAAACCUGGUGAAUCAGUAUCUCGAUUUCCCAACAGCCAAAGUAUUAUGGCAAGGGAUUGAGACGCUAUACAGUAGUGGGAGAGACGGCCUGCAAAUAUUCGACCUAACAGUCAAAACCAACAAAACUCAACAAGGCACAAACACAAUCGAGACCUACUACAGUAAACUACUUAUGCUUUGGAAGGAAAUAGAUAGGAGACAACCGAACCCCAUGAAGGAUCCAGGUGACAUCAUCAUCAUCUACAAUCAAUUAACUCAACAAAAUCGUUUAUACCAGUUUUUAGCCGGAAUCAAUGAGUCAUUUGACAAAGACAGAAGAGAUCUUUUUCUCUUAGACCUACUCCCAACAGUGGAGGAGGCCUAUGCUAGCAUAAGGAGGGAGGUAAUGAGACGUGGAAUCAUGAAAACGGAGCCCUCAUCAGAUCUAGAAUCACCGGGCUCCGAUGGAGUUUUUACGGCCAAAGGAAGGACUUACCGGCGGGAAGAUGAUAAGUCUCACCUCAAAUGUACCUACUGUGGAGGUACAAGGCACACGAGAAACGAGUACUUCAAACUCGUUGGCUACCCUGAGUGGUGGCCGGAUACAAAGAAAAAAGGGGAAAAGAAACCGACCCAUUUUUCCGAUCACAACCGGGCCGGUAGGGCAGCAGUGGGAUGGAGCAAUGAUGACCCCCCAUCAAUGGAGGAAAAAGAAAAACAAGGGGCGGCCAUGACCAGUACAGAUAUCGAAGGAGGAGGAAGAGACCUCCUUUCAAUCAGAAACGACGCACAAACAGAACAAGAAGAGGAAAGAUUAGGGUUAAGGGGAGGGGGACGUGAAAAUGAGGCUUCUCAGCCCUUUAUAAAGGGAAGAGGACCACAUACAAUGUCAUUUGACCCGAAUGAUUUUUUGACUCAUGACAAACCUAAGAAAGACAUCAUUAAAACCGCAAAUGGGGAAGGGAUUAAAAGAGAUGGAUUGUAUUACUUGGACGAGGAGACUCAAAAAGGUAAAGCGGCACUUGUUCGCGGGCCAAAGGAAAGGCAACUAUGGCAUCGACGUUUGGGACAUCCUUCUGUAGGGUACCUAGAAAAACUUUUUCCUAAUUUUGUAGGGUUAAAACCUGAGUUUAAGUGUGAAACAUGUAUUCUUGCAAAGAGUCACAAACACUCGUAUUCUAAUAGCUUGAAUAAAGUUGAUGUGCCCUUUAUGCUUGUUCAUUCUGAUGUGUGGGGCCCUGCUCCAGUUGUAGGACUACAUGGUUUUUCGUAUUUUGUUACAUUUAUUGAUGAUUGUACCCGCAUGAGUUGGAUUUAUUUUCUUAGACAGAAAUCUGAAGUCUUUCGUGUGUUUGUUGAGUUCUAUAAUAUGAUUUGUACCCAAUUUCAAACCCAACCCCGCAUGCUCCGAACUGACAAUGGUAGAGAAUAUAUCAAUUCUAACAUGGACCUCUUCUUUAAACAAAAAGGCCUCAUACAUCAAACAUCUUGUCCUAACACACCCCAACAAAACGGAGUGGCAGAAUGGAAAAAUCGCACACUACUUGAGAUGACCCGUGCUAUUAUGCUUGACUCUCGUGUUACCACUCAUCUUUGGCCGGAAGCCGUCGCUACUGCCAAUUACCUUACCAAUAGACUUCCCACAAAGAGUCUCCAAUACCACACACCCCUAGCCACCCUCCAAACCCAUUUCCCUAUACCCUCUACGCAUAUUCUACCUCCUCGCAUAUUUGGGUGCACGUUUUUCGUUCAUUGUCCAACAAGGGUACGAAACAAAUUUGAACCAAGAGCAGUGAAAUGUGUUCUUAUUAGAUAUGGUCGCAAUCAAAAGGGUUAUCGGUGCUAUGAUGCCUCGACUAGAUAA